UUGUUAUCCGCCUUGACGUUGCGUGUGUGUGUCGCAAAGAUGUCCGCCACUGUUACUAAACAACCGUCUAAAAAUGUUUCUAAAUCCAAUGCAGCAGCCACCGGAGCAGCGGGGGCGACUGGUGCACCCCCAGUUAUUCCCCUGGCCUCACCGCUGAUGGGGAAAAAGAAGAAACCGUUCCUGGGGAUGCCUGCCCCGCUCGGUUACGUUCCCGGUUUGGGUAGAGGGGCUACUGGUUUCACUACUCGUUCAGAUAUUGGUCCCGCUCGUGAUGCGAACGAUCCAGUAGACGACAGGCAUGCUCCUCCAGGGAAGAGGACUGUUGGGGACCAAAUGAAAAAAAAUCAGGAUGAUGAUGACGAAGAUCUGAAUGAUACUAAUUAUGAUGAGUUUAAUGGCUACGCGGGUAGUUUGUUCUCCAGUGGUCCGUAUGAGAAGGACGAUGAAGAAGCAGAUGCUAUAUAUUGUGCUUUAGAUAAAAGAAUGGAUGAAAGACGCAAGGAAAGAAGGGAGCUGAGAGAAAAGGAAGAAAUAGAAAAAUACCGUAUGGAGCGACCCAAAAUUCAGCAGCAGUUUUCAGACCUAAAGAGGAAACUGGCAGAGGUCUCAGAGGAGGAAUGGCUUAGCAUUCCUGAAGUGGGAGACGCCAGGAAUAAGCGCCAGAGGAACCCACGCUAUGAGAAACUCACUCCUGUUCCAGAUAGCUUUUUUUCCAAGCACCUCCAAACAGGAGAGAAUCACACCAGUGUGGACCCAUUGAAGGGGCUGGGCGGUCUUAACACACCAUACCCAGGAAGCAUGACGCCAGGCCUAAUGACACCAGGGACAGGAGACCUGGACAUGAGGAAAAUUGGUCAGGCCAGGAACACACUCAUGGAUAUGAGACUGAGUCAGGUGUCUGACUCAGUCAGCGGUCAGACAGUGGUGGACCCUAAAGGUUACCUUACGGACCUCAAUUCUAUGAUCCCCACACAUGGAGGGGACAUCAGUGACAUUAAAAAGGCUCGUCUGCUGCUGAAAUCAGUGAGGGAGACAAACCCUCAUCAUCCGCCUGCCUGGAUUGCUUCGGCCAGGCUGGAAGAAGUAACCGGGAAACUGCAGGUGGCCCGGAAUCUCAUCAUGAAAGGCACAGAGAUGUGUCUGAAGAGUGAGGACGUGUGGCUGGAGGCGGCCAGGCUCCAGCCUGGUGACACGGCCAAAGCUGUGGUAGCGCAAGCUGUUCGGCACAUGCCGCAGUCUGUCCGAAUAUAUAUCAGAGCUGCGGAACUGGAAACGGAUGUCAGAGCAAAGAAAAGAGUCCUCAGAAAAGCCUUGGAGAAUGUGUCUAAGUCAGUUCGUCUGUGGAAGACAGCCGUCGAGCUGGAGGAGCAGGAAGAUGCCAGAAUCAUGCUAAGCAGAGCAGUAGAGUGUUGCCCUACAAGUGUAGAGCUGUGGCUGGCUUUGGCUCGAUUGGAGACAUAUGAAAAUGCCCGACGUGUCCUAAAUAAGGCUCGUGAGAACAUCCCUACUGAUCGUCACAUCUGGAUCACUGCCGCAAAGUUGGAGGAAGCCAAUGGCAAUACACAGAUGGUGGAGAAGAUCAUUGAGAGAGCCAUCACCUCGCUGCGCGCUAACGGGGUGGAGAUCAACAGAGAGCAGUGGAUACAGGAUGCGGAAGAAUGCGACAAGGCUGGCAGUGUAGCCACCUGCCAAGCAAUAAUCAGAGCAGUCAUCGGGAUUGGCAUCGAAGAGGAAGACCGCAAACACACUUGGAUGGAGGACUCUGAUAGUUGCGUGGCCCAUGGAGCAUUGGAGUGUGCCAGGGCCAUCUAUGCCCAUGCUCUGCAGGUGUUCCCCAGUAAGAAAAGUGUGUGGCUUCGAGCUGCCUACUUUGAAAAGAACCAUGGAACAAGGGAGUCUUUAGAAACCCUGCUUCAGAAAGCUGUGGCUCACUGUCCAAAGGCAGAGGUAUUGUGGCUUAUGGGAGCAAAAUCCAAGUGGCUCGCUGAGGAUGUGCCUGCUGCUAGAAGUAUUCUAGCGCUGGCCUUUCAGGCUAAUCCAAACAGUGAGGAGAUCUGGCUGGCUGCAGUCAAGCUUGAGUCUGAAAAUAACGAGUAUGAGAGAGCUCGUCGUUUGUUAGCCAAAGCUCGUAGCAGUGCUCCAACGGCUAGAGUGUUCAUGAAGUCAGUCAAGUUGGAGUGGGUAUUAGGGAACAUUGAAGCUGCGCAGGAGUUGUGCACAGAGGCCCUGAAACACUAUGAGGACUUUCCAAAACUCUGGAUGAUGAAAGGCCAGAUUGAGGAACAAUGUGACAAUACAGAUAAAGCGAGAGAGGCUUACAACCAAGGGUUGAAAAAGUGUCCCCAAUCAGUAGCCCUGUGGCAGCUGACAUCACGUCUAGAAGAACGAGUGGGCCAGCUGACCAGAGCUAGAGCCAUCCUGGAGAAGGCGCGACUCAAGAACCCACAGGGUCCAGAGUUGUGGUUGGAAUCGGUCCGAUUGGAAUACCGGUCGGGACUGAAAAACAUUGCAAACACACUAAUGGCCAAAGCUCUGCAGGAAUGUCCAAAUUCAGGCAUCCUGUGGGCUGAAGCAGUGUUUUUGGAGGCCAGGCCACAGAGGAAGACCAAGAGUGUGGAUGCUUUGAAGAAAUGUGAACAUGAUCCACACGUGUUGCUUGCUGUGGCCAAGUUGUUCUGGAGUGAGCGGAAGAUCACCAAAGCCAGAGAAUGGUUCCUCCGCACGGUGAAGAUAGAGCCUGACCUGGGAGAUGCUUGGGCUCUCUUCUACAAGUUUGAACUCCAGCAUGGAACAGAGGCACAACAGGAAGAGGUGCGAAAGCGCUGUGAGAAUGCCGAACCACGCCAUGGUGAGCUGUGGUGUGCAGAGUCCAAACACGUCCUGAACUGGCAGAAGAAGACAGUAGAGAUUCUUGCACAAGUUGCAAGCAAGAUCAAAAACACAUUCUAAGACUGAGGAAUUGGACUUGACACAUAUAGUGAACCUUUCAACAAAUCGUCAAAGGAAGGGAACCCUUUUGGACUCACACAGCUUGGCUUCCUUGUUGUAUUUGUCCAUUUGCUGCAAGCCUAUUGUGAAUUAAUGUUGUCUCCAAAAUUACUUUCGUAACAAAUGAAAAAUGUAUCUGUAGUUUUGGUUUUGCAGUAAAGGUUUUCCCUUUUUAUUGUUUAAAUAAACUGUUCUGUUCAGCUGCAUAGGCAGGGAGAGCGUAAUCCUGAUUGUCGUUAUAGGCUGAAUAGUUUUAAUGUGCCGCCUGGGAGUUUAGUCUACUCCCAAUGUGGUUGUUCAUAUUAUGUUGUUUAUUCAGAGAAAGCAGCUGGACAUAAAUUAUUUUUGGGGUAUGGAUAGAAGGAAAAACAGAAGAACACAAGGAUUACUGAUGCAUAAAAACCCAUUAUUCAUCAUUAAUGAUCGCCUUAUCCAAGUAGCAUUUCUGCCUACUCUUACGAAGGGGACACCAUGAGGGGAGGUGAAAGCUAGUAACCAAAAGAGAGAAAGAGGGGAGAUAGGACAGCUAAAAGUAUGUGAACAGGUGAAUGUGCAAACAAUGUUAAUAAUGGGUAGAGGAGAAUCCAGUAUUAGGACAAAUCACCUGUAUUUCUCAAUAUACUCAGUCGACAUCUUGCAAUACAAACGUCAAAUUUGUUACUCCCUGCCCUCAACAGAAAUAUAAAACCACCUAAUCACUGAAUGUAUUUUGUGAAUAAAUAAGCAGAAAUGCA